AUGACGUUUAGUGUAAGGUUUUUCAGCGAGAAGAUUUGUUACGAUUUGUCAGUCACCUACACAGUUCGAGAUGCAAAUGGUUGGACCUUUAACACUGUUGCUUGGCCUAAAGGGAAACGAUUACACUUGAAAGGUGGUUACAAGACAUGCAAGACUCCAAAUGGUGCCAAAACCUAUAAUUUAGGAACUGAUCAAAUCAAGCUUGUGAAGGGACCAAACUACUUCAUCUGCAAUUUCGUUGGUCACUGCGACUCUGCUACCAAAAUUGCCAUUAAUGCUCUUUGA